AUGUAUCCUACUAUGCUUCCCACGCCGCCGCCAUCGCCAUCACCCCGUUGUUAUGCUCCCGAGGACCGCUUAGGAUUUAUCUUGGCCAACCGGCUUGAACUGACUGGCAUUCUGGGUGUGGGUGCGUACGGUGUUGUCUACACUGCCGUCGAUAUCCACACCAACAUCCGUUAUGCCGUCAAGGCGCUCAACAAAAAUGGUCUGGAUCCCCGCCAGCUGAAAUACCAGCAACGCGAAAUCCGCCUCCACCAUUUGGCGAGUCAACAUCCUAACGUGGUUUCCUUGGUUCGCAUUAUGGAUUCUUUGGACUGCACCUACGUCGUGAUGGAGUUUUGCCCGGAGGGUGAUCUGUUCUCCAGUAUCACCGACAAGGGAAACUUCGUCGGAAAUGACCCCUUGGUCAAGCGCGUGUUCUUGCAACUGCUAGAUGCCGUGCAGUUCUGCCACAACCUUGGAAUCUACCACCGCGAUCUCAAGCCCGAGAACGUACUCGUCACGGACCAGGCUAUGACCGUCAAACUUGCUGACUUUGGCCUCGCAACCACGGACUACUUUACCUCCGACUUCGGAUGCGGCUCUACCUUCUACAUGUCACCUGAAUGUCAGCAAACCAACCCUCGACCCAUGUCCUGCUACGUCUCCGCCGCCAAUGACGUCUGGAGCCUCGGCGUCAUGUUAGUCAAUCUUACGUGUGGCCGUAACCCAUGGAAGCGUGCUUCGAUGGAGGAUUCCACAUUCCGGGCGUACCUGAAGGAUCCAUUUUUUCUCAAGUCAAUACUCCCUCUUUCCACGGAGAUGGUUUGUAUUCUAAGCCGGGUAUUCGAGCGCGACCCAGCCAAGAGGAUCACCAUCCCAGAGUUGCGUCAACUGAUCUUGGAGUGCCCCCGCUUCACAGAGACGCCCAUGGCCCCCUGGGUGCAGGACCAGAUCCCGCAGGCCGACUACUACGUCCAGCCCCAGAUGCCAUUCAACAUUCUCGUGGACCCCAUGCAUGCCCAACACUCUGGCUCUUCCUCGGAUUCUUCCUCACACUAUUCGGACUUUUCCGAGGCUGCCGUGUCCGAUACUUCUGCCAUCACGGAGGACUACUCAGACCUGAACUGCAUGUCACCUGUUGUAUCACAACAAGUGCCUGACUGCAAGGUGGUCUUCCCCCAUACCAACUGCGUGGAGCAGCCCAUUCUCGAUACCUUCAUGGGCCCUCUGAUUCCGGUUUGCUAA